AUGACGUUCAUUCUAAGCACCAGUAAUAGUGGCGACUACAACACAACAUUGCCGCGGACCCGUUUUAGCUUUUUGAAUUUCGACUCCACCAACGGGACCUCAUUUCUCGAAGCGUAUCAUGGCGGAGAUCCGGGAAAUAGCCAGAUAAAUGCCAUCUCCACCUUUAACGCGAACGUACGGCAGAUGGGGCUCUUCAGCUUCUCCUCGGCCACGACGCUCGUCAACCGGAACUCCCGUGGGCUGCUGGGGAUUGUGGUCGGUUACGAUCAAGUAGAGUUGGUGUCGAAUACCUUUGUGCCGCUGCAAUACACGCAAACUUACCUCAACAGCUGGAAGUAUCCAUGGGUUUUUGAAGAGGAUCAGGUCCUAUUUCCUGAAACCACGAUGAAGCUUGGCCGUCUUGAUGCCAAGCCAACCAAGAUCAAAUUUUCGCGACAAACUGGAUACAACGGGACUGGAGGAUUCAAAAUAGCGCUCGAUCCGCAGUCAGCUUAUACAAGCGACACGUUUGCAAUGGACAUUACCACCGUCGCUCCGAACUACAUGUUCAACAUCGUCGAUCUUUUAAGCACACAAACACGUUUUCUUGCCGUGUUUCCCAAGAUUGACGUGCAGGCGAACGUGGCACUAACGGUAUGCAGCCUGGAUGACGAUAGCACACCCACACAGCACAUGGCUGGCUUUGUCAAUUGUAUAUCCAGCGUCGACUUGACGACGCGAGUGCUCAACUGCUGCACGAGAAUCGAGCCAGUGUCGAAUGGCAGUUCAAUCCUGGUGGACGUCUACAACUUUACGUACUACAAGGCGCAACCGUCCGUGAUAUUUUCGGUCGAGCUGGCAAAGCACAAUAAAGCGUUGGUGCUCAGCGUGCCCUUCGACGCCUUCACGGAUGACGCCUUGGCCGUUAGGGUCCCGAACUCGGAGAAAACGGUUUUCUUUGUCGUCUGUCUGGCCAGUCAUCACUUCCGCAAACGGGCCGACGAGAUCGAGAUGAGCAUCGCGGUGUUGACAUCGGUUUUUUGGCCACACAGUUUGUUCAAUUGCGAAUACCGAUUGCACACCGGGAUGGUAACUGCAGAAAACACUUCCCGGCCGCUGACGAUAUUUAGAAAUGCUGACCUCUUCUACCCUAUUUGGCUUUUUGCCGGCACUUAUACGUUGGAGAUCCCUGCCGGUUGCAUGCCUACGAUAUCUUUGGGAACCCAAGAAGUCGAAUCCGUCGAGAAUAUAAUAUCCACCGACUGCAUCGGUAGUCGAUUGAUCGUUUCACCAAAUUUUAAUAUGAUGCCAAUUAAUGCCUACAGCGGAGUGGCGGAAAACAUUACAUGGAUAUGUAAUUCUGUCGACAUCAGCCUCGAGUUAAUUAGUUUGAUAUAUGGAUCGCUCGAUAUCUACUGUUAUCAUCUAGAUGGCAGCACUGAAAUGCGUUCCUACAACCUUUCGCAACCGACGGAUCGAUUUAAAGCAACCGAAGUCACGAUGCUCACGUCGAAACCUUCAGUGCGACCGUGCAUGGGCAACAAAUCUUCUCGUGGCGAGAAGGCGUCGAAUCACGUCGCGUUUAGUGUCGAUGGGGAGUCGGUUGGUGCCAAAAAUGGACCAGGACCGGUUCCGUAUAUUGUAGUUACACAGCCGACACCGAUCGAUGCGCUUCCUACUGCCCAUUUUACCACUACUAAAGAAAAACUGAAAGAUGAACCAAUCUACAAAAAUACCCGAAAGUCGUCGCAAGGCUCGAUGCAGUCGGUGUCAACCAAGUACUCCCACGACAGCUACCCAAUCUACAACCCGGUCCAGGAUUUCGGCUUUUCCGGCGGCAAACCGGCGCAGACUGGCGGAUUUCCCAUCGAGCCGAACCGGGCAAAUAUUGGAUUUUGUGGGCGAUUGGGGUCCGGAAAGUCUCACCUGAUCAAUGCUCUACGUGGAAUUGACAAUGGGGCGCCAAAUAGCGCCGGCAGAUAUGUGUGCGACAAGAUGGAGCCGUUCAGAUUUGUUGAAGAGGAGCUGCAACACAUUGUCAUUUGGGAAAUACCGUAUCCCAGGAGUUUUACAGCUGUGGUGGAUGUCUACGACCAGAAUAUGGGAUUUGAUCGAUUUUAUGACACUCAUCAACUCCAAGUAUUCAAACAUCUUUUUGUCCUAAUCCCUGAUGGAGCCCUCCAUGACGAUGAUAUCGCAUUUUCUAGGAACCUUCCACAACUUCAAAAGCCCCGGACCCUGCCACAACUCCUCAAACAAGACACUGUACUGGCAGAUUCUGACUUUGAAAUCCUGUUCGCGACGGACGAUCGGCCAGUCGGGAAUUAUGCGCCAAAACCUACUGUUACAACUUCCAAUCGGACCGUGUUCAACUACGGCUUCAUUGGUGGGUAUCGGGUCGGAAAAUCGGCCAUGAUAAACGCGAUGCGGGGAUUAAGCAGCAAACAUCCGUUUGCGGCUGGAAGGGAGAAGACAAAGCCCGGAGCCUGUGAAAAAUACGAAUUUUCCGAUGACCUUCUGAAAUACGGAGUGACGCUGUGGGAGCUGCACUACCCCAAGAAAAUUAAUGGAUACUUCGAAUUCAUCGAUUUCCACAACCUCUCUAGCUUCACGGCAAUUUUCAUCUUGACCGAUGGCACGCCGAGCGAUGAAGAUCUCAGUUUUGCCAAAAUAGCGCACCGUCGCAACGCUACCGUCGUUUUUCUAUCUUCAAAAACCGACAAAAAACUAACGACAAAGUCAAGGGCCGAUGAAAUUCCGGUGUGCGAUAUUCUGAAGCAAAGAUACGUCGAUAAAGGACUUGCUCGUUUCGACGCAGCACUUGCGAACGCGGCACCGGAACUUUGCGGAAGAGUUCACUGCUUCUUCGUGUCGGCGCCUGUUUUUCGGUCGUUACGCUGUAACGAUCGAAAAUUUGUGCACUUUUUGGUGCACGAAAGGGCUGUGUUUGAUUUUUUGAAACAGAAACGCAUAAUCUCCGAGAUGCUCGAAUCCCCAAUGCAACACCAACACACCGCCGGCUCCCCACUCGACAUAAACGCCGAGGUGGCCGGCGUCGUCGAGCCGGCCGAUGUUUAUGCCGAUGCCCGGGAG